AGAAAAUCCAAACCAGAAAUCAUCUCGGAUUCCUUACGAAGACGAAGACGAAGACGAAGACGAAGACGAAGAUAAAGAUGAAGCAAGGGCUUCUCUCAUGGAGUCCUUUCCCCCACUUUCUCUCUCUACCCAUCUCUCUCUCUCUUCCCUCCAAAACCCACUUCACCAAAACACCCACCAGACUCUUCGCUCCAAUUUCUGCAACUCUCGAGUCUGUAAACGAACAAAUCCUCACAGCUAGAGAGAGAAGACAGAUGAGGAAUGAGAAGAGAGAGAGCAAAUCCACCUACAAUUGGAGAGAGGAAGUGGAAGAGAGGCUCAUGAAGAAGCCCAAGAAGAGGAACGCUUCGUGGACCGAAGAGCUUAACCUUGACAACCUCGCUCUCUUGGGUCCUCAAUGGUGGGUUGUCAGAGUUUCCAGAGUUUCUGGUCAGGACCAUGCUGAACUACUCGCUCGAUCGCUUGCCCGAAACUUCCCUGACAUCGAUUUCAAGGUCUAUGUUCCAGCUGUUCAGGUGAAAAGGAAAUUAAAAAAUGGAUCAUACUCAAUUAAACCAAAACCUCUUUUUCCUGGGUGUGUGUUUUUGAGAUGUGUACUGAACAAGGAAAUACAUGACUUUAUACGUGAAUGUGCUGGGGUUGGAGGCUUUCUUGGAUCAAAGGUCGGAAAUACGAAAAAACAGAUUAACAAACCCAGGCCAGUUUCCGCUGUUGAUAUUGAAGCCAUUUUCCGACAAGCAAAGGAAGAACAGGAAAAAGCUGACCAAGCUUUCAAAGACGAGCAGCAAGGGGAAGCAAUCAUCGACCCUGAGAAACUGAAUGUAGUCUACUCAGACUCUCAAUUAACUUCCUCAGAUGUUACAGAGUCAAUUAUAGAUUCCAAGCCAAAGCGGCGAUCCAAAAAAACUUCUCAACCGCUCCUUAAACCAGGUUCAACUGUUCGAGUUGUAUCUGGGACAUUUGCAGAGUUCUCAGGCAUCCUUAAGAAAUUGGAGAGUAAGAGAGGAAUGGCAACUGUUGGAUUUACCCUUUUUGGGAAAGAAACCUUAGUAGAGCUUGAUGUCAAUGAAAUUGCUGUGGAGACGAAGUAAUGUAUAUCAGUUCUUUUCUGAUGAUUAAGUUAUAAUUCUUGGGAUUUAAUUCUUUUUCCCUUCUAAUAGGUGAAUGUAGAGUUCUAACAUAUUGCGAGAAAGUGGAAAUUAAAUAUUCCCCGUAUAAUGUUAGUGAUUACACAAAGAUCAUUCAAUCUUAUUGGUUACUUUUAACCCAUUCCCUCUUCCCAUUUUUGAAUAUCAAUUGGAAAUCAAGCUUCUUUCUCAUAUUCACUUUUUCGACUUCUGAAGUUGCUAUGAUUCCAUGCAUCUCCUGGGACUUGAGAAAAUAGAAAUAGCUUGAAAAAGAUGAAUUGCCAACUAGGAUUGGUUGCUAUGUUUGAUCUGUCGUAAGCUCACAUGUAUUGUAAUUUGUUGGGAAAGAGAUGGUGUAACAAGUCCCCGGUUUGUGAAA